AUGGCUUCAGUUGAAACCAGUAAACCCCACGUUGUAUGCAUUCCAUAUCCAUCACAAGGUCAUGUUAGCCCCAUGAUGCAACUGGCUAAGCUCUUACACUCUAGAGGCUUCUUCAUAACCUUUGUUAACACUGAGUUCAACCAUAGGCGUUUGAUCAGGUCCAAAGGGGCAAACUUCGUUAAGGGUCUGCCUGAUUUCCGGUUCGAAACGAUUCCGGAUGGGCUGUCAUCGUCCGACCGUGAUGCGACGCAGGAUGUUCGAGCUCUAUGUGAUUCGACACGAAAGAAUUGCUUGGCGCCGUUUUUAGAGCCUACUAAGUUAAACUCCUCCUCCCAUCUGCCCUCUGUUACUUGCAUAGUCUCUGAUGGAGUUAUGAGCUUUGCUAUUAAAGCUGCUCCAGUAUUUGGCAUACCAGAAGUUCAGUUUUGGACUGCCUCGGCCUGUAGUUUCAUGGGAUAUCUUCAAUUCAGUGAACUGCUUAAACGAGGAAUUAUUCCAUUCCAGAAUGAAACUUUUCUCAGUGAUGGAACUCUUGAUAAACCUAUUGAUUGGGUGCCUGGAAUGAGCAACAUUCAACUCAGAGAUCUCCCCAGCUUUAUUAGAGCCAACAAUCCAAAUGAUAUUAUGUUUGACUUCAUGGGCUCCGAAGCACAAAAUUGCCUAAAAGCUCCAGCAAUUAUCUUCAACACAUUCGAUGAAUUCGAACAUGAAGUAUUAAAAGCAAUCGCUGCUAAAUUCCCUGGAAUUUAUACAAUAGGACCACUUCAAUUGCUUGCCAGGCACAUGCCUGACGGCCCAUCCAAGUCAAUAAACUCAAGCCUAUGGAAAGAAGAUACAAGCUGCAUUGAAUGGCUUAACAAAAGGGAACCCAGUUCAGUUGUGUACGUGAACUAUGGAAGCGUGACUGUCAUGUCGGAGAAGCAUCUGAAAGAAUUUGCAUGGGGGCUAGCUAAUUCUAAGCACCCGUUUUUAUGGAUCGUUAGAUCAGAUAUCGUGAUGGGUGAUUCUGCAAUUCUGCAUGAAGAAUUUCUCGAGGAGAUUAAGGAUAGAGGGCUGAUAACAAGCUGGUGCAAUCAAUGUGAGGUUCUUUCCCAUCCUUCAGUUGGAGUUUUUUUGACACAUUGUGGGUGGAAUUCUACCUUGGAAGCCAUAUCUGGAGGUGUCCCUUUAAUUUGUUGGCCAUUUUUUGCUGACCAGCAAACCAAUUGUCGGUAUGCUUGCACUCAUUGGGGCAUUGGCAUGGAAGUGGAACAUGAUGUGAAGCGAGAGAACAUUGAGUUUUUGGUCAAGGAAAUGAUGGAAGGAGAAGAAGGAAAGAAAAUGAAAGAGAAGGCAUUGGAGUGGAAGAAGAAAGCAGAAGAAGCCACCGAUGUGGGAUUAUCUUACUGUAAUUUUGAUAGAUUUGUUAAGGAAGCUCUAAAACAUGGUUAACUGGAAAUACUAUUGUCUACUGGAAUUACUUGAAUAAUGAAUGGGGAUCAUUCAAUGUGUCUGCUUCUGUAUUUUUACUAUUUUGGGCUCAUAUAUAU